AUGAAUGAUGAAAACGACGAUACAAACAGCUCUGCGAUGCUGCUUGAUCUAGAAGCUCUUAAUUGUCCUAUUUGCUAUGACGCACUGACUAGUUCUAUUUUCCAGUGUGAUAAUGGACACUUGGCCUGCUCAACAUGCUGUAGCAAACUCAAGAACAAAUGUCCUUCUUGUACUCUUCCCGUUGGUCACAGUCGUUGCAGAGCAAUGGAGAGGGUUAUUCAAUCAGUCAUUGUCCCGUGUCCUAAGGGUUGCACAAAGAGUUUCUCUUAUGGGAAAGAAUUAGCUCAUGAGAAAGAAUGUCAUAUCUAUUCUUCUGUCCUGCAAAGAACUUCAGAUUCUGCAGUUACAAUUAACGUGUCUCGUGAGAAAGAACGUGCUAUCUCUUUAUGCUCAUGUCCUGCAGAGAAGUGCGACUACAGUGGCUCUUACUAUAAUCUAUACGAUCACUUUAAAACUCACACGAGUGAAAGAGGGUGUGGUUAUCGGUUAACUGCUGGUGGAUUUCCUGAAGUAGUUGAAUUGACUGAGGAUACUUCAGUUGUUAUGAAUGAAAGCAGGGAUGGUUUAUUGUUCGUUGUUCAGUGUUUCAGUGAGCCACAUGGUGUUUAUGUGACUAUGAACUGUAUUGCUCCUUGUGUUCCGGAAGUUUGUGAGUUCUCAUGUCGUAUCUCCACCGUUAUGGAAGAAUAUAAUAUGCCAUUUGAUUUGCCAAAGGUCAAGAGAGUUCGGAAAUUGAGUUUGGAAACCCCUAGAGAUGAUUUCAUGUUGGUUCCUCGCUAUUGCUUGCGUGGACGUCAAGCGUUUAAGUUGAGGAUAUGCGUCAGAAAGUUGACCCAAGAGUAA